AUGGCUGGAGAGCAAGAUAUUCCUUCUAAUCAAGUUGACAUGUACAUGAGAGCUGAAAUUCAAAUCUCUAGUUACUUGUUUAAGUAUAAGAGUGUCUAUAAUUUACAUCAACUUGAGUUGGAUAUUGGUAGCGUGGCAUGUUUAAGAUCAGCCUUCAUCUCCACAAAUAGCUCCAUUAAUUUCUCAAAUACAGAGAGAGAAAAUAAUGUAUUUUAUUCUUAUCUUCUACAUUGUUGCUGCCCUGUAUGGUUAGCAUUUACUGUUUUAAUCACGCCACAAACCUGCGUCUUGGAAGCUAAAAUAGCAAAUCCAAUUCACAAACCAGUCAUAUUUUGGAGACUUUUUUUUUUUUUCAAAGGCCUAAGACCUGUGAUACUCAAUUCCACAACGUUGGACAUAAAAGAAACCUGUGUGUUUUCUGUCUGGGUUUCUUUCAAGGUCCAACAACCAUCCUCUAAUUCCCUUCACAAAUUCAUCAUCUGCGUUCUUGCACUUCAAUCAACACCAUCAUUUUCUCCAGAAACAUCAACCUUCAAGAGAUCAUCGUGCUCAGGAGGAGGAGGAGAAGCAGAGAAAAUGGUGAAUUUCAGAAAAAUGGAUUCACAGAAGGAUAUGAGUUCUCCCAGGGGGGAGGUUGGCGAGAUCGACACAAGAGCGCCAUUUCAAUCUGUGAAAGCUGCUGUGAGUUUAUUCGGUGAAGUUGCUGUCUCCAAGGAAAAACGUGCUGUCAGGAGAAAAUCAUCCGAGAAUGUAUUAGAAAAGGAGACACAGCUUUUGUUGGCACAGAGAGAACUGAACAAGAUAAAGAAGCAACUGGAGAGUGCUGAGACCACAAAAUCUAAAGCGCUGGCUGAGCUUGAGAAGGCAAAAGUGACACUUCAAGAUCUCACAAUGAAGCUGACAAAUGUCAGAGAAUCCAAGGAAGCCGCCAUGGAAGCUGCAGAAGCUGUGAAGAACCAAGCCAAGCAACUUGAAAGGGCAAAAUCCCAGAAAGCUGUGGGCUUUGAAGCUUGGAAGCUAGAACUUGAGCAUGCAAGAAAGGAAUACACGACCACAGUGAAAGAACUUGAUGCUGCCAAGCAAGAACUCACCAAGAUCAGGCAAGAUUUUGAUGCAGCUUUGGAGGCCAAGCUUGCUGCGUUUCAAACAGCCGGAGAAGCUCAACGCUCAGCCAAGUUGAACUCAGAAAGGAUCAGUGAGCUCUCCAAGGAGAUUGCAGCCAUGAAAACAUCUGUUGAGGAGUUAAAGCUUGAAUCUUUGCAGGCUCAAGAGGAGCAAGCAAAGGCCAUGGUAGAGAGGGAAGCUCAAUAUGAUUCUUACAAAAAUGGCAAGGAAGAAGCAGAGACAAAGAUGGAAUCUUUGAUGAAAGAAUACGACCCCGGGUUGAAUACCGAAGAUCUUGAGGCUAAACUUGCUGAAACAAGUGCAGAGAUUGAAGUUUUGCAGGAACAGAUGAAGAAGGCACAUGCUUCUGACAUGGAUGCUGCUAGAGCUAUAACUAUAGAGCUCAAGGAAGCCACAGAGACUCUUGGAGAAGUAGCUGAAGAAGAAAGCUCUCUUAAGCACCUAGUGGCUUUGUUGAGGGAUGAAUUAGAUAAUGUGAAAACUGAGCAAAGAAUCUUGAAAGACAAGGAACAAAAAUCAGAAGCUCUUGCUGCUUACGUUAAAGAUGAACUCCAGAAGAGCAAGGGGGAAACAAACAUUGAGGAGUUGGAAAAAGCUGCUGAAUUAUUCAAUGAACAAAGCAUGAAAAUAAAGAAGCUAACAGAAGAAACAGAAGCUGCAAAAAGGGAAACAGAAGAGAUGAACCAGAGAACACAUGAGCUGAAGCAAGAAGCUGAGAAGGCGCGAGGUUUGGCUCAAGAACUCGAGACAAAGCUGGAGAUUGUCCUAAAAGAAGCUGAAGAAGUGAAAGCAGCAGAACAAAGAGCCCUUGAGGAGAUGAAGAUCUUGUCUGAGAUGCAAGGUAACAACAACAACAGUCAAGUCAGUGAUGUGACAAACUCAGAAGAUCAUGGCAAGAUCAAACUAUCUGUUGAGAAGUUUGAGUCGGUGACGGGGAAAGUGAAGGAAUGUGCUGAUCUUGUGGAGAAGGCAGAGCUGGCUGCAAUGAUUCAGGUUGAAGCAAUAAAGGCAAGACAAAAUGAAGCAGACAAGAAGUUGGAAGCAAAUCUGAAGGCCAUUGAGGAAAUAAAGGCAGCUACAGAGAUGGCUCUAAAGAAUGCAGAGAUGGCAGAUUCUGCAAAAAUGGCACUUGAAGGUGAACUUAGAAGGUUGCGCCAGCAAGACAAGGUGCCGGCCGAAGCAGCAUCUUUGGAUUCUUAAAAGAGAACUUCUUGAUGACCAAUCACAAAAGUGGACAUGGGAUUAUCAAGAAACAUCCCCUUUGAAAAAGGAAGAUCAUUUGUAUAUUCAGGAACUCUUUAUCAGAUUCGUGGAAAAACGGAGAAAAAAAUCUUGUGCAGAUAUGAAUGCUCAUUGUCAGACUUCCUUGUUUUUUGAGGCCCAAUAGACCUUAAAAAGACGAGCUUUUACAGGGCAGGGAAAAACAUCUGAUAUUCAGCUGCUGUUUAAUCAUCUCCCGUUUACAAUCUUGCAAAUCUGAAGAAAAUUAAGCUCACAAAAAAAUAAAAUAUGAGUCGUCUUCCCA